AUGUCUGAUUAUGAUCAGGAUGCAGCAGGUGCAGCGCUCUUUGCAGCCUGCAAGAUUGAGGACACUCUCAAGAAAUCGAAAGAGAUCUUGUGCGCAGCGUACAACCUGAAGCUCUCGCCCUCUGAGCGCUUGACGAUCGAUGAUCCUCUCGCCUGCCGCCUGCACGACGAAUCUCUCCCUCCCACCAUACACUCUCCCGAAACAUACAGAAGCCUUCGAAUCACACGGACCGAGGUGAUGGAAACACUCUCCGACCUCCUCGACCUCUACAUAAACCACAAAUCCUCCACCCUUGGGUCGAACUAUCAAAUAGACAAAUUUCUCAACAUCCGCAUCACGCUGAAUCAAGAAGUUCCUUCUGAGCAGACACCUGCACAUCCGACAUUGAAAGGCAAGCCGGAGAAACGACCACCCUCGCAGCCGCAGACGAAUGGGGUUAAUAAGAAGAAGAAACAUAAGCAGAGCCCUAUCAGUCCGACAGUCAAUCUCCAAACUUCGCCGAAGUCUAGAGACGAGAGGGGUCAUGGAGGGUCGGGGGUGGGGGAGAAGGAGAAGGAGAAGGAGAAGGAGAAGGGAAAGCCCGGCUUGAAGGAGGGGACCGUGAGGUUUAUGCUGAGUCCGAGACGGGCGGCGGAGGAGAAGGAGGUGGUUGAUGGCUUUUUCAAGACGGUGGAGUUUGAGGAAAUUGUUGAGGUGCCUGUUGAGAGGGGGAGGCGGUGA